AUGUAUGACGACCGCCGCUCGAGAUCUCGCUCCGUCGAGCGCAAACAAUACGGCGACCAUUCCCGAAAUGCUGCUCCCCGAGGACCAGCCGCUGACAGGAGACACGACUAUUCUGGAGACCGAGACCGAGACUACAGGCAUCGCGACGACUAUCGCCGGUCACCGCCACGACGAGGUCGACAGGGCUACCGAGAUCGUGACCGUGAAGGAUACCGUUCUCCAGAAUAUGACAGCCGCAGUAGAAGUCGCAGCCGCGGCCGGCACAAUCAUCACCAUCACAGCCAAGAAAGUCGAGAAGUCAUAAUGGAAGGUCUGCCGGUGGAAAUGGUUGAAGAAGACAUCUCGAAUGAAUUGCUAGACUAUUAUCACGUUCAAGGUCUGGAAGACGUCCGUGUUAUUCGCGAUAGACAAACCAAAUUAUCACGUCAAAUAGGCUUCCUCCGGUUUAAAAGCCUAAAUGACUCUCGCGAGUUUAUGGCUCAGAAUGCGCCUACGCUUUAUAUCUACGGACGGCAUACUGGAAACGAUGAUCGUGCUGCGAAAAUUCGCAUAUCGUACACUCGUGAACGGGACGAUCGUCGGAAUCGUCCAGAAGGUGAAUGGACUUGUCGAAAUUGCUCCUUUGACAACUUUGCAACCCGGCAAAAGUGUUUUCGCUGCCAGGCAGAUCGUGCGGACGCUGAAUUACCCCCGGAAGAAAUGCCUGCUCCUGUUGUAAAUAUUGGUGACAAUGACGUGGCUCAGGAUAAUACGCCCUCGCAAUUUUUGCUUUUUAGAGGCCUGGACGGCUCCGUCACCGAAGAACUAUUCGCAAAGGGUGUCACUAAGCUCUACAAACUUCAAAAUAGCGAGGAUAAUGCACAAAGCAGCGCGAAGAAAGCAAAGGUUGCUUCAACUACGGGAGAUUCCAAUCUUGGUGCUAGAGAAGGGUCUUUACGACGUGUUUUACUUGUCCGCGACCGCCGUAGUAACGAAAGUUGGAAAUUUGGAUUCGCAGAGUUUGCAACAGUUGACGAUGCGCAAGCUGCAUUGACAAAACUCAAUUCAUUUGAAAAGUUCACAAUCGCUUCAAAGUCGGUUCUAGCGAGUUACAUUCACGCUGGCGUAUUCGUCCCGGUUCUCAACCCAACACCCAGCACGGCGCGAUUUACUUUCAGUCCCUUGAGCAACCCAGGCAUGAAGCUUGCAUAUUGGGAUGAGGAUGGCUAUGUGACUGAAUUGGUCGUGUCAACUGAAGAGCUAGAUAAGCCAAAGACGGAUUCUAAAGCUGCCAAGGAUGCUGAGAAAGUGAAAAAGAGAAAGGCAGAAGCUUCGAGUUUGGCAGCAACAAAGAAAAUGGCAAUGCCAUCGCAUCUUCAAUUUUGGUCAGAUCGACACGCGGAGUUACACGGUAUUCAGAAAAAGGAUGGCGAUGAGAAUCCCGAAUCAAUCAAGGAGUCAGAAGGAACCCCGCCUCUAGCAUCUACUGCGCCACCAGCUCGAUCAUACGCUGAUCCAAAUCGAAACUGUUGCUAUCUGUGUAUGCGCCAGUUCAAGUCGGGGGCAGAAGUUAACCAACACGAGCGACUGAGCCAACUACACCGCGACAAUUUGCAAAAUGAAGAAUUGAAGGCUAAAGCAUUAGCUAAGCUAGAGAAGCACCGAAACGACCCACCUACUGCAGAAUACCGCGAUCGAGCCAAGGAACGACGUCAGGCAUUCGGUAGCUCGAGGCAAUCUGGGAAACCCAAGCCUUCUGCUCCUACAAAGGAAGAAGAGCCCGAACCAGAACCGGCGGCUCCGUCUAAAGGUGCUGCUCUUCUGAGCAAGAUGGGCUGGUCUGAAGGAUCUGGGCUUGGCGUGCAAGGCACUGGCAUGACUGCGCCGAUUGCCACAGACGUCUAUGCGCAGGGCGUCGGACUUGGUGCUCAGGGCGGCAAACUUGGCGAUGCGUCUGAAGAAGCGGCCAGGAAUACGCGCGGCCGGUAUGACGAGUUCCUAGAGAAGACAAAAGACCGUGCCAGAGAGCGGUACGAACGGUUGUCUUGA